AUGCACCAAAGCUUAAAGCGUCUCCCACCACUAGCAAUUGACUAUGGUAACACCUACUGCCGCUGUGCCAUCUAUGACCCCGUCACUGAAGAGGUGGUUAUCUUUACAGAUUCCAGUGUUGGCGAUUGCCUACGUAGAUACAUUCAUAGUUACGUCGCCUUCAAUGCCAAUUCGCCUCUUGUUGGAAAUCUAGCUCGUGCAGAGGCGAUAAGAAAUCCAAGUCACAGCGUUUGUUGGAUUAAACGCCUCCUCGGUAGACGUCCAUCCGAUGUGACAAGUCUUACUGCUGGACUCUGCUGUCAAACCAAAAUUUCCUGUGAUGGAGAGAGUGAGCGUUUGAAGUUCUGUGAGAAUCAGUACCUAACUGAGGAGAUUGCAGCAAUGCUGUUGAGUCGACUGCGCGAGAUGGCUGAAGAAAGGAUGGAGCGUCACGUGAACACGACAUUUAUCACUGUGCCUGCAUGCUUCAACGACGCUCAACGAGAAGCUAUUGUAAAUGCUGCAGAAAUCGCGGGCUUCUACAGGGUGCAUCUUCUUAACGAGACCACGGCAGCGUCAGUUGUCUACGCUGCUCAUAAUACUGGUACUUUAAAAGACUCUAAGAACGUGGUGUUCUACGAUCUAGGAGGGGGCCAUGUGAAUGUCUCCGUUUGUAAAAUCACUUCUACUCAAUGCAGAGUGCUUGGGACUGCUGGAACCGUCGCCGUGGGUGGGGAUAACUUCGACGAGUGUGUAGCAACUAAAUUGGCAGAGGAAUCCGAAAGAACACGAGGUGUUAAUAUGAGGGAAAGUGGUUGGAACUUCAUGCGUCUUCGACUUGCAUGCGAACGAGCAAAACGAAUUCUCAGCUAUGCCCAAGAUACCACAAUUAUGAUGACAAAGUUAGGCGCUCCCCUCACAUUCGCAAGAUCUCUUACGCAGACAGAGUUUACUUCGAUGUGUUGGGAGCUUUUUGAAAGCGCCGUAAAACCUGUUACAGAAGCACUAAGCGUUGCAAAUCUCUCUACAGAUGAUAUCGAUGAUGUCGUGAUCCUUGGUGGGGCUUCUCGUAUGCCUCAUCUUCAAACCCUUUUACGAAACAUCUUCCACCACAGGGAACUAAAUAAAACCUUCCAUAGUGAGGAGACCGUUGUUGUCGGUGCAGCGCUGUACGCUGCUCGAAUGACGAAUUUUUCUCAUAAUCCUCUUGACGUUUGUGACGUCCUAGCUCACGCUAUUGGCAUAGAACAGUCGAAGGGUAUUUGCCAUACCCUGAUAAGUUCCAACACACCAAUCCCCUGCAUCGUACGUGUUGUUCUAUCCAAGUCUCCGACUUCCCUUGAACCGCAUCUCGAGGUUCGGUUGUAUGAUGGCUCACGUGCACUGGCAUCCGAUAACCGAUAUCUUGGAAGCUUUAAAGUAACUAAACUGCAACCUCUCACAAACACCGCAACAGUGGAGCUGAUUUUGACCUCAAGCGGUAUUCUUAAGGUGAAGUGGUUAGAUGAACUUCUAGAUGUGAAGAAGACGGGACUAAGUGCUCCGAUGAAGAGCACUGCCAAGAGGCGUUUCACCAGCAUGUUAGCGGGUGAUACAAGUGUGAUGACGUUGAAGGAGCGACGCAGGCAUUUGGAAAAGUUGAUCUGCGAUCUGCGACUGACCACUCAGGCACCAGAUAUGAAUAUGAAUGAGGCGGACCGACACUACAUUCACGGUUGCACGGCUAACUUCUUCGCAUGGCUCUCGAAACAUCAACGAGCUACGCUGGCUGAGGUGGAGGAUAAAAUUAGCGAGGUGACAGAGAAAGCCAGCCUCCUUUUUAGCAGCUCUAGGCCACCAAGAGUAUGGUCGCCUAUCUCGCAAAGACAGAAAUCGCUGAAAUGA